AUGGUGACGACGGUCAACGACAGCCAGGUGGACACGGGGGCCGGCGGCUGGUCCCUGGGGUCCUGGGACUCGCCGGACUACUUUCGUCUGUUCGGCGACGGUGGCUCCCUCUACAACGAUAGUGACGCGCGGCCCCAGGAAGAGCCGGCCCGGCCGGUGCUGGACGUGCGGGUGCCGGACAACCGCUCGUCGACCCUGGCGAUGGCGGCCGCGGCCCUCCUUUCUUCACCCGGAUUGCCCCCUCCGAAUGCUUCCGGCAACGGCACCGGCGCUGGCAACGGGUCCACCGGUAACGAUAGCUACGCCUCGCAACCCAGCUACCAGUUCCUCGUGGACGAUCCUCCGGGCUUGAAUGGGUCGGCCCGGGCCACGGCUACACGGUCCGAAGGAGACGGACUCGACCGGGGGAGCGUGUUCGCGCUGUUGGCCGAGGAUUUUAGCGAGUACUUCUACAACUACAAUGGCUCGAGCGCGAACGAAACGGGCCUGGCGGGGACGGCCACCAACUGUUCCCUCACCAACUCAACCUGCAGUGGACCAAGUGAAGUGAAAGAGUACCAUUACUGGUGUCUAAUUCUGGUGUUGUUCCCGAUUCUCACACUGUUCGGCAACGUGCUGGUGAUAUUGGCCGUUUGCCGCGAACGGACCUUGCAGACAGUGACCAACUACUUCAUAGUGUCGUUGGCGAUUGCCGAUCUGCUCGUGGCCGUAGUCGUGAUGCCGUUUGCAGUGUACGUUCUGGUGAACGGUGCAUGGACGUUGCCAAAUUUCGUGUGUGAUUUCUACAUAGCAAUGGAUGUGAUAUGCUCAACGUCGUCGAUAUUUAAUUUAGUUGCAAUAUCAAUAGACAGGUACAUCGCGGUGACGCAGCCAAUCAAGUACGCGAAGCAUAAAAACAGCCGGCGGGUGUGUCUGACGAUUCUGCUCGUCUGGGCGAUAUCGGCCGCGAUCGGGUCGCCGAUCGUGCUGGGACUGAACAAUACGCCGGACCGAAUUCCAGACCUCUGUGUGUUCUACAACAGUGAUUUUAUAGUGUACUCGUCCCUAAGUAGCUUUUAUAUCCCGUGUAUCAUAAUGGUCUUUUUAUACUGGAAUAUUUUUAAGGCGCUGCGGACGCGAGCGAAAAAGCAGCGGGCCGCCCGCAAGCCGCACCUCUCGGAGAUCACCGCCGGCGGGAGUAUCAUCGAAAACAUUGCUCAAACCAAGCGGCUGGCGGAAACGCAGCUGGACGGCAGCACGCGCAGCGGCUCGAAGAUCCUACCGGACGAGGAACGGCCGACCAACACGGCUUCCGGGUCGAACGAGGAGGACGACGAAAACGCUGGGUCCCCUGACAUUGACGACUGUCAUGUGAUUGUGAACGAUAAAUCAACAGAAUUUAUGUUGGCGACGGUCGUGGAAGAGGCUGGAAACGUGGUGGCCCAGAUCACGACGACGACGCAACAGGUUCCGUCCGACCCGAACGGCAACCACGACUCCGGCUACGCGCCAUCGAGCAUCGCCGACACCCUGGCGGUCAACGCCACGCCACCGGAUAGCCUCAACGUGGCCGCCACGGUAAUUGUAAAUAAAAACGCAACCCUUAGAAGUAGGAACGGUUCGCCCCGGAAGGAAGCCAGCGUAACCCUUAAACCCCUGUCGUUAGUUAGAUGCGGUGUCCAGCAGGCGCUCUCGCUGAACCGGAACGAUUCCACGCUUUCGACGAACUCGACGGCGACGCGCGACAGUUCCCGGAAGGACAAGAAGAACACGCAGGCCUCCAGGUUUACCAUCUACAAGGUGAACAAGGCAUCGAAAAAGAAGCGAGAGAAGUCCUCGGCCAAGAAGGAGCGAAAAGCGACCAAAACCCUAGCCAUAGUUUUAGGUGUGUUUCUGUUUUGCUGGGUGCCGUUCUUCACGUGCAACAUCAUGGACGCGAUGUGCGCGAAGCUCAACAGGGACUGCCGGCCGGGCGUGACGAUAUUCAACCUCACCACCUGGCUCGGCUACAUGAACAGCUUCGUCAAUCCCGUCAUCUACACCAUCUUCAACCCGGAGUUCCGGAAGGCGUUCAAAAAAAUCAUGCAUAUCGAGUGA